AUGGCAGUGGAGGCGAUCAACAGCGAUCCCUCCAUCCUCCCACAUCACCGUCUGCGCCUCGCCACGGCCAACUACUCCAUGACUGCUCCCAUCGCCAGCAUGAUGGCCGCUUACAGCCUGGUGCGGCAGCGGCCGGUGGCGGUGAUAGGACCGCACACAUCGGAGCAGGCAGCGCUGGUGAGCCCAUUCGCCACGGCCACUCAAGUGCCCUUCGUGUCUGCCUCCGCCACCGACGCCCAGCUCACUGUGGGCGGCACGCGCCCCUUCUUCAUGCGCACCGUGCAGGACGACGGCCACCAGAUGCGCGCCAUUGCCGACAUUCUGGCAAUAUACCAGUGGAAGGCAUUCAUUGCCAUUCACAGCGACGACCGCUAUGGAGGCAAUGGCAUCACGGCACUGGAAGCUUGUGUGCUUGCCCUCAACCAAGGCAUCAGCAUGGCUCAUCGAGUGGCCAUCACUCCAGGGAGCACGGCAGCAGAGGUGGAGCAGCAUCUGCAGCUGCUGCUAGAGGUGGACACGGCUGUGUACGUGCUGCAUGCCUCUGCUGCUGUUGCUACGAGCGUCAUUUUGGCAGCGAACAGGUUGGGUCUGUUCUCUGCCAACAACGUGUGGAUUGCAACGGAAGGGAGGGCGCUGCUCACUGGCUCCGCCCUGCACUACGCUCAGGGUAUGAUAGUGACGGCCACUGACAUCCCCACCUCCGCUCCUCUGGCUGCCUUUGUCUCAAAGUGGCUCACACUCGACCCUGUGCGCUUCCCCAACGUCAGCCGCCAGAUGCCCAUGGCCUAUGCCCUGGCUUCCUAUGAUGCAGUCUACCUCAUCGCUCAUGCUCUACACUCCAUCCUCUAUAACAGCAGCUCCGCCAGCAGCACCACCAACUCCUCCUCCCCUGACACCUCUACCACCACCACAGAGCCCCACAGCAACCUCACGGAUCUACUUGACUCACCCUGGCCAACACUCCAUCUGUUUCUCGCCAGCAGCAGCAGCAGCAGUGGUGCGGAGCAGGCUCUUAUCCCCCCUCUUGCAUUACUCCAUAGAAGCCCUUUGGGUCCCAUGCUGCGAGCAGCCAUGCUGAGAACCAGAUUCGAGGGCGCAUCAGGCAGCAUUGCGCUGUCCCCCCAGGGCGACCAGCAGAGCAACCUCACGCGCAUCCUCAACAUCCACAGCCAAGCCUCGCAGAGCAGCACCCCUGCUGCUGCUACAGAUCCUGCUACAGGUGCAACUACAAAUGCAGCUGCAGCCACAACCACAGAUCAAUCUCCAAUCACUGGAUCUAAUACAAGUGCCGGCCAAUCCGCGUCACCAUCUGCAACCACUGACCAGUCAAGCCAGUCAAGCCAGUCAACGGAGUCCCCUACGGAUGCCAGUGGUUCAGGCAGUGGUUCAGGCAGUGGUUCAGGCAGUGGUUCACUCGGUGGUUCAGUGACCGGGCCAGUGAGCCUGGCAGGGAACGUGGAGGUGGUGCCUGUGGGGUACUGGUCUCCCACGCGCGGCCUCUAUCAAACAGCUGCUGCUUCGGAGAAUGCUACAGCUGGUGGGGCGCAGCAGCCAGUCAACAUUGUCUUUCCUGGCGGCCUCACACAGCCUCCGAGAGGAGCCUUUCCCAAGCGGCGAGUUCGGAUCGCCGUUCCAAAGAAGCUCAUCUACCUGCAAUUCGCCAAUAUCUCAUCGGACGAGUCACUGGGCAACGAGCGGUUCUCUGGCUACUGUGUGGAUCUGUUCCGCCUGGCCGUGGGCCGUCUCCCUUAUAAGCUCGACUACGAGUUUGUAGAGUACACCGGUGCCCUCGUCAGCUACACCCAGAUGGUGCAGGCUGUACAGAAUAAGGAGUUUGACGGGGCAGUGGGUGACAUCACAGUGGUUGACACACGCCAGCGAAUGGUUUACUUUACCGAAUCCAUCCUUCAAUCGGGUCUGAUAGGGUACUCAAGGGAGAGCAGCGACAUGUGGGUGGCGUUUCUGCCCUUCACGCCCUCCAUGUGGGCCACUCUGCUCGGCCUCUCGCUGCUCACAGGCGCACUCAUGGUGUUCCUUGAGUGGCGCCUCAACGUGCACUUUCGAGCGAAGCUGCAUCAGCUCGCCAUCACUGCUGCAUGGUGA